AUUUGCAUAAUAUAUUUCUCUCAGACUAUUUUUUGAUGCUUCUGCUGAAUAAAAAAGGGAAGUCGUAUAUGAGCAUUGAAAUAUCAGUGUUGAAACUAAAGCUAAUAUCCUGUGUUGAUGAGAGUGUUUCUUCUCCGGUCUGAAGAGAUGACGGGCAGAAUCAUCCUCAUUGGAUCUCUCAUACGAGGUGUUUUGUGUGGCUUCAGUAUCACACAGCCAAAACAUCUAGAAGUUCUGAGUGGAUCUUGUGCUUUCAUACCCUGCGCAUUUGAUAUUGAUCCUAAAUAUAACAAUGUCCUCACUGCUGAUGCAAGAAGACUGUGGUAUAAAGACGGAAUUACUGAUAAGAAGGUGUUUGACUCCAGGAGCCCCAGCACAGGAGUGCUCAAUGGGACAAUAUUUGGCAACGCCAGGAACAAAAACUGCACCACACGCUUUCAUUAUGUCACUCAGAAGGAUACUGGUAAAUAUUACCUCAGACUGGUAGGCAACAAUAACCUGCGGCUUAGCUAUGCAAAACUUCAACUGAUUGUCAGUGAUUUUCCACCCAAACCCAAAGUGAGCAUAGAGCAGCAUCAGCAGGAGGUUGUGGAGGGGACGACUGUGAUCCUGAGAUGCUCUGCUAAAAUGUUCUGCUCCUCUCAUCCACCGGCUCUUAAAUGGAGCACCUCUUCCAUUGUAAGCAUCAUAGAACAGCAGCGUCAGAUCCAGAGCGAUCUUAUCUCAGAUCUGGACUUCAAUGUAACCCAUCAACACCACAGGGUCAAUUUGACCUGUAUGAUAUCUUACCAGCUACAGAACCGGAACACAUCCGCACGAGAAUCGAUAACACUAAAUGUUCAGUAUGCUCCUAAAAACACGUCAGUGUUUGUGUAUCCGUCUGGUUGUGUGUUGGAGGGUCGUUCAGUGUCUCUCACCUGCAGCAGUGAUGGAAAUCCAGCGGUCAUCAACUUCACCUGGUACAGAGAUACUGAAGGACAUCUGAAACAUCUACAGACCGGACCAAACCUGAUCUUUAAUAAAACUGAACCCAAACACAGCGGACGAUACUACUGCACUGCUCACAACAAACACGGCAACCAGAACUCAACAACACUAAUGUUGGAUGUUCAGUAUGGUCCUAAAAACACGUCAGUGUUUGUGUCUCCAUCUGGUAGUGUGUUAGAGGGUCGUUCAGUGUCUCUCACCUGCAGGAGUGAUGGAAAUCCAGCGGUCAUCAACUUCACUUGGUACAGAGAUACUGAAGGACAUCUGAAACAUCUACAGACCGGACCAAACCUGAUCUUUAAUAAAACUGAACCCAAACACAGUGGACGAUACUACUGCACUGCUCACAACAAACACGGCAACCAGACCUCGGACACCAUCGUUCUGAAUAUAACCUAUGCCCCUAAAAUCUCCCAGUCAUCCUGCAUAAGAAGUGACAUCAUUGCAUGCUUCUGUGAGGUCGAUGGAAAUCCAGUCCCAACGCUGGAGUGGCGUCUGUCUGGACGUCCCAUCGUGAACUCCACCAGCACAUCUAUCUUUCAGGAGCAACUGGGGGACACAAACUUCAGGACCACCCUCACUGUCAAUCAACCGCUCACAGACACACCCACUCUGCAGUGUGUCAGCGGUAACAGCUACGGAAGUGUCAGGCAAGAGUUUCAGGAGCUUCAGCCUCCUAAAAGUUUAGACGUUCUGUCAUUGCUGGCUGGACUUGUCAUCGGUGUGAUAGUGAUGUUGAUAGUUGGUAUCGUGUCACUCUUCUGCAUGCGUAGACAGAACUGCAAACCAUCACAGACUAAACAUGGAGAUUCAAGUGGACUUGUCAUGAAUGCUGCUGUAUUGGAUAAUGGUGAUGCUUUUGGUUCAUCAACUGAAGCCGUCACACAUCACACAUCAGAAUCUCUUCAUUAUAGCUCAAUUUACUUUACAAACACUGAAGCGGCGUCACGUGGGAAAAGAAACAUCUCACUCAUCACAGAUAACUCUGAAGUCCAACAUCACGCCGCAGAUGCGACAGAGACAAAAAACACCUCAGCAGACUCCAAAAUAAAUCAAAGCACACCAGACACGAUGAUAAAGAGCACAGAAGACACAAUAUAUGAAAAUAUCAUCCACUCCAGACUGAUCAAUUAACAAUAAACACAACUGAUGGAAUAACAGAACUGUCAAACUGAGUCUCAGUCCUUAGGAGAAAUAAAAGAGAAUCAAAUAAAAAAAUGUAGGCUGUAAAGGUCAAAUCAUCUGGAUUUGAGUCAAUUUGAUGAGAAAUGUUUGAGUUCACAUU